AUGGUUAUGGUGGAUCAGACUCACGGCCAGAACUUCUUCGACCGGACGACUGGUUUCCUACACGUGCUGCUGCGUGGUCCGGGCAUCAUCGAGGUGCGCCAGCAGCCGAUCAUCGUCCUCAAGAUGGGCUACGUCGGCGAGGCGGAGUUCUUCGAGUCUGACGUGCUGCCGCGGCUGAUGGACCUGCUGGGCAUCUCGCCAGAUCAGCUGCGAGUGCCGAAGGUGGUGCGCGAGGACUCGGCGCCGGCCGGCAGGCGGCGCCGGGAUGCCGAAGCCCCAGCCGUCCAGGUGGAGAUCGAGAUCGGCCAGCCUCCCGCCAACGGCACUGCCGACACUGGCAACAGCACCGCCACGCUGGAGGACCUAGAGCGCGUACAGGCCCGCGUCGUCGACAGCUUCCAGACGGGCCAGGUGGACGCAGCGCUCGGUGUUCAAGUCCAGACCAUAGCGAUGAUUGACCCGGUGCCGGUGGCCACCGACCCGACUGGCGGCGUCCGCGCCACCAACGAGACCGGCGACGUGGAUCUCUCCGGCGUUCCCGGAGCCAAGACUUUUUCAGAGACGCAAAGGGAGCAGGAGGCAGAAGCUGCGGCAGCAGAGGCGGAAGUCGCUGAUGGUGUCGCCUACCAGCGACCGGCAGAACUAUUGAUUGAAUCGCAGCCCGUCAGAGGCGUUAUUGAGGAGCUCAGUCAGAUAAUGCCCCUCAUCAAGCUCCACAUGAAGGAUACCACCGGGGCGCGCAUGUCUUCCGUCGGCCACGAGUCCAGCCCGUGGCAGGUGGAGGCUGAGCUGGUGUCGCCGCCGGCCGGGGUGUCGCUGCUGCACGCCCGCGAGCCGUUCCGCCAGGGCGUGGCCACCUUCAGCCGGCUGGCGGUGAGCGGCGUGGCCAGCGGGCUGCGCCUGCGCUUCCGCGUGGUGCAGCCGGCCGAGGUCAGCUUCAGCGCGGACAUGAGCGGCUCGUUCAGCACCACCAAGAAGCGGCUGGAGGCGAGGGUGGCCAGCGACACGCGUACUGGGACCGACAUGGACCAGAAGGGACGCCCGCUCAGGCCGGCGAUACGCGUGUUCAUACGUGACCCGGUGACGCGCGGCCCGGCUGCCGCCGAGGUGCUGCGCGGCUACACCUGGCGCUUCCGGGCGGAUCUGUAUGAGGCCGGCUCCAGCCCGCGCGCCGUCUUGCGGGGGACGCGGACUCGACAGCUGACACCGCCCGACAACGGCGCCACCUUCGACCCGUACGUGACGUUCGACGACCUGACCAUCUCCGAGAACGGCUUCUACCACGUGCUGCGCAUCACCGUCACCACCGCCGACGACGCCAGCUACCGGCUGGUUGCCCUUUCCGGACCUAUCCACGUGCGCUCGGCGCAGGCGGCGCCGCUGGCGCAGCCGCACAACAUCGGCGUGCGUUUCCUCUCCGACUACAGCGCCGUGGCCGGGAGGGAGGAGCAGUUCAGCGCGGAGGUCGCCUCCUGGCUCCAGAGCCGCUACGGAAAGACGGCCUGGCUCCGGAUACGCCUAUCGAGAGGCAGUAUCAAAGCGAACGUGGACACGCGGGCGACGUCGGCGGCGGAUCAUGACGCCACCGUGGACCAGCUGCAGGCGGACCUGGACGCCGGUCUUACCAUGACGGACUCGGCGGGCCGCUCGUACCCGCUGGCCGACACUCUCCUGGUGGACGGCGUGGAGCGCAAACGUCAGACGGAUGAGGCGGUGCUGCCGGUGUGGGCCAUAGCUGUGAUGGCAGCGCUCGGCGCUUUGCUGCUGAUCUGCCUCAUCUUCUGCUUCUGUCACUUCUACAAAAACCGCGACCGCAAAG